AUGACAACUAAAAGGACAUCAGAUAUUCCACAACAGGUGCAACCGCAACCAGGCAAGACUGGCGCCGGUACAAAGCCAAAGGUUGCAACACCUCAGGUUGUUGCCAAAAUUGAACAGUACAAACGGGAUAAUCCUACCAUAUUCGCCUGGGAGAUUCGCGAACGUCUUAUAAACGAAUCUGUUUGUACUACACCGCCUUCCGUAUCAUCCAUUAAUAGAAUUCUGAGAUCAAGAGCUUCUGAGCGAGCAGCUGAAGAACUCACUAUGUUCCUUAACGCACAGCAUGUAGCGAGAAACGUAUCGCGCUCUGGGCUGAUACCUUCUAUUGGAAUUCCUUCAGCACCUGGUGGGACUUUUCCUUUUCCUUUUCAACACACUCUCUGGCCUGGUUUUUUAUUGAAUUCAACUGCUAUACCUCAGCUUCAAUUAAAUCCGUUUUUAACUGCAGCAAUGAAUAGUUUGAAUCGGAUAGCUCCCACAUCUCCAUCAGAAACAAUAGCUAUGAGUGAAGAAGACCAGAAUAACGGCCGACGUUCUAGCAGGAGUAGCUUUAGUCAAGACCAAUUAGACAUGUUAGAAAGUGCAUUUGCCAGCGAGCCUUAUCCCAGUAAUGCCGAAAGGAUAGACUUGAUGAAAAAAACACAACUUCCGGAAUCAAGAAUACAAGUUUGGUUUUCCAAUAGAAGAGCAAAAUGGCGUAGAAGUCAACAGGAGUUCAGUGGCUCUUCAGUUGAACGUGAUGAUAUUCGUAGAGAAAAAAGCGAAGAUUCAGACAGCAUGACAUCGUCUCCGCCACCAGCCAAGAAGCAGUCAUUGUUUAAGCCAUAUGAAUAA